AUGGUCAAAAACGGGUCAUGGUCAGACGGCAAAGGUCGUAUAAUAUAUGAUAAGCUCAUUCUCGACACAACCUGCAAACAUUUCCCAGGCAUUCCGAGAGAUCUAAUCGCGUUGCAGACCAAUCAACUCGACGUUUGUGGUGGUUACUAUGUUGACAUCACGGCUGAAAUAUGGGAGGAUGUUGUCGACUUGCUUAACGUAGUCGAGGUAACCCGUGCACAAAUAACGUUGCCCGUUCCACCGCCGCUCUAUGCUAUUCCAUCGCCUGACAAUCAACCAGCGCCAAAUCAGGUUCACAGCUCGAACGAUGACAAAAUCACGAUCAAAGUCGUUUUUCCAUUUGGCGAGAUCCGGUCUGCCAAGAUCUCGAGGACAGUACGGGUGGACGAACUCCUUGCCGAGGCUGGUGAUAUAUUGGGACGUCCUCCCACCAGUAUCAAGGCAGUCUGGGAUGGGUCGAUAAUGCGCGAGGACCGGAGUAUCGGAUCGUACAGCAUCGAGGAUGGUGACUCCAUCAAUCUUCAGGCGGGGCCAUUGUCUUUUGCAAAGCCAGUCAUUUAUCUGCACUCGCCCUCCGAUAUCGAUGUCUCUGUCAAGCUCUCCCUCAUUCCGGAGUGGAGCCUCUCUGUCAUCUAUCCCGUUGUUCCCAUGGAUGAGUAUAGACAGCAUUUGGAAUGGAACGUCCGUACCCACAAAGAUGGGAGUCUGACUGAACAUAAUUCCGGUCUACACGUGUCAUACUUGUUCUGGGAGGCAGAACCGCCACCAGCGGAUACAUUCCAUCCAAUAACCAGCAGUCUCGAUGAUACGGAUUCAAUUGUCAUCCCAGCAGACAAAGCCACUGUUUACUUCGAUAAAUCGCUCAAGGUUUUGGGACUUCACACCGAAGCUAGAACAUCAUUCAUAACCUACUGGCUACCGUCUAUCCUUAAGCACGAAUAUAUUGCCCUCCGAUUCGUCCCUCAAGUGGCAUACGAACGCGUCGCUUCUUUAAGCAUUUCUCCGCAGCCUGACAUCGUGACUCGCGUAUGCAUGUUGUUCAAAGGUGUCUGUAAGAAGCACCUAGCAAAUUGGCCUAAUGCACAAAUGCAAGCAGAGAACGACGUUGCUUGGUGGGUGGACGUAGUUGGAGUUGAUCCUACAAGAGCUGGUGAUGUGACCUUGUUCAGGGUGUUGAAAUGUGGCGGGGUGGAGGUUCUCAUUUGA